AUGGGCACCACUCGUUCUUUAGGAAGGGAUCUUACCACCGAAGAAUGGGAAUCUUUCGAGUUCCGGUUCAGGUUUGUUCCCGAACACGGAGUGCAAAUCCCCCUACUCGAUGCAUCGCUUUACAGUCCUCCCGAGGGCAAAGUCGGCAUUCCAAUCGCCUUGUUCGAGGCGGGUCUACGCUUUCCGACCACAAAUCUCUUCAACCUGAUUGUCCGAGAAUACGGGUUUUCCAUGAGAGAGCUCACCCCUAUCGCCAUAAACAAGAUAGUGUGUUUUGAACUCCUCUGUCGUGCCCUAUAUAAAUCGCCGUUGUUCAGCGGUUUCAUCAUGAAAACGAAAACCCUUCCAACCUUUCCUUCAUAUUUCUCCAUGGGUACCACUCGUUCUUUAGGAAGGGAUCUUACCACCGAAGAAUGGGAAUCUUUCGAGUUCCGGUUCAGGUUUGUUCCCGAACACGGAGUGCAAAUCCCCCUACUCGAUGCAUCGCUUUACAGUCCUCCCGAGGGCAAAGUCGGCAUUCCAAUCGCCUUGUUCGAGGCGGGUCUACGCUUUCCUGCCACAAAUCUCUUCAACCUAAUUGUCCGAGAAUACGGGUUUUCCAUGAGAGAGCUCACCCCUAUCGCCAUAAACAAGAUAGUGUGUUUUGAACUCCUCUGUCGUGCCUAUAUAUAA